AUGUUUUUAUCUACAAUUCUAUUUAUUGUAUUACCACUGCUGCUGUAUGCUAUUUACGAAUUAUUGGGCCGUAAAUUGACAAUUGGUGAAAUUGACAGGAAAGCGGUACUGAUCACUGGAUGUGGAAGCGGGUUUGGUCGAGAUUUGGUGAAACGAUGUCUUCAGAACGGAUUGACAGUAUUUGCUGGAUGUCAGUUUAAAAGU